AUGCGGUCAGCGGAGUUUGCUAACUGGUCUAGUGGAGUAUUGUCAGCGAUUGGCGCCAAUAUCUGCGUUAUUGUAGUGGGUAACUUGUCCAUCCACAGUUCGCGCAAGAUCGAUUCGGCCAUCGAAUGUUUUCCUAGUCGGCUCCUCAUGAAGCGUAGGAACUGUGAGGGUGUUCUGUCGUCCCUGGUGACGUGGGUGAAAAGUUCCCGGAGCAGAUCCUCGUCCGAACGGCCGGUUCGUUUCAAUAUCGCAUCCUUAAGCCGAAGCGCGUCGGCGCUUGAGAAGAGAGAGGGUCGGCGCGGACGGCGCUGGUGUAGUCUGUUCGUCCUUGCUUCGAUCGUAUUACCCUAUAUUAUUUUUCUGCUUGCGGGUAUAAACAAUGAACCAACUGGUGAUGUUUACAAUGAAAUCAUGAGAACAAUCAUUUUGAAAAAGGACCGGAUUUAUGUCCUCAUUUCAUUUGCUGCCUUCCUCUUCUGUUCUUACAUCCUUUUCAAUAUUUUCACACUCUGGCAGGCUUCCACAUGUUCAAAUUCUUUCAGUAUAAAGUUUUUGCAAGAAUUGUGUUCAUUGUACAAGAAAGAAGUGGUGUCUGGCAGUUUGUGUCAUUCAAUUUGUGUGAGUCAUACCAUCCGUUACCAGAAAUGCACCAACUACCGAGAUGGCAAGGUGGUCAUAGUGGCUGAUGCUGACGACCUGCCUUAUCCAAUCAUCCUUAAUUCUACCAACAAACGGAUAAAACUGAUUGAUACAGACUGCUUACUGAGAGACAGUAUAAUCAAGAAAGAACUACGCAACAAGAGCUGUCACACUGACCAAGAAUGCACUUUUUUUGAUUGCAAAGGAUGGUGUCGAACAAAGGAAAAAAAAUGUGCUAAUGAACGCAUCAACACUAACUUACAGGUUGUAUGUGAAUAUAUUCUUCAAGGAAAAUAUUUCUUUGUGGGUCUUCUGAAGAAGGCUCCUUUGAAACUUCGUGAAAAGUUGAGUUGGUUGCUACGGCAAUGUGCCUACCCAGUCACUUACAAUAACCAUUCAUUUGUGAAAUAUUACAAGCGGAAAUAUUUUUGGGAACUGUAUCGGAUCCUCCAGCGCAGCAUUGGAAUUGGAGUCCACAAUCCUGGCGAGAUAUGA